CAGGAGGCGGCGGGAUGGAGCACGCACCCGCUCACGCACGACUGGUGGCAGCCGACAGUGGAGGCCUUGCAGCAAGCGGACCCCGUGCCAGCCGAGACCUUCGCCCAAGGGCUGGAGUUCGCAGGGGCCAGCCCAGGGGCGAUAUAUGCCGUGAUCGCCGCUGGGGGCGGAGCACGCCCUGGACACGUGCACCUGCCGCCUGUGGUCAGAGCGCUGGCGGACAGCGCUGGCUACAUCCACAACCUCGCCCAGGACCUCUUGCUCGAGCUCUUCGGGGGGGUCGUGCUGGCGCGGGGGGUCGACCGGCGCGCAGACGAGCUCCGCGACCCGGCCAGGAGAGAGGCGGGGCAGCAAAGGAUCCCCAAGGAGCAACUCCUGGAGAGGUUCACCCGCUUCGAGGCUGGAGACUGGGCGCAGCUUCUGACAGAAGCACAGCCGGGCCCGCCGCGCAGGCCGCCCGAGCGAGACGCGAACGGGCAGAGCAGGGCGCCCGAGGCACGACGGGGCCGGGCGCCAGACGAAGACGAGGAGCUCCGCAGCCGCUGCGAGAGGGCCCGCGAGCUGAUCCGCCUCGGCGAGGUCUCGGCGGCGCGGCAAGCGCUGACAGCGAGCGCGGUGGCACCAGGCACACAGGCCACUCUGGACGAACUCCGGGACCCGGCACGCCGCCUGCAGCAGCCGAGAGAGCAGCUCAGCGAGCGAGCCGCCCGCGCGCCGCCGCAAUGCCUCGCCAGCCUGGAACCAGACCGCCUCCUCACGAACGUGCGCAGGAGUCGCCGGGGCGCUGCGCCGGGCCCCUCAGGGAUGACGGGAGAACACUUGCAGACCCUGCUGGACGACGAGCACUGCUGCGACCUCCUGCACCACGCUGCCACGCUCCUUGCGAGGGCGGAAAUCCCUGGCCCCGUGGCAGAGGCCCUCCGGCUCGGCCGCCUCACGGCGCUGCGCAAGAGCAACGGGAGGGUGCGAGGCAUCGUGACUGGCGACGUCUUCAGGAUACCACACGUCGGGGACCUGCAAUCCUCGUGGCUCCUGCUCAGCAUGUGCGCCAACCCCCGGGCCAACUUCUUCCUGAGGGCGCUGGCUCCCGAGGACACGGCCGCCUUCGCCGCGGCGCACGACGACAACCUGGCCAACGCGCUCGCCGACUUGCUGGAACUCCCGCAAGAAGCUGUCGCAGAAGGCACGUCAGCGCGCCAACGCUGCCAACUGCCGCUUUGCAUGGGGGGGCUCGGCCUGCGAAGCGCGUCCAGGACGGCGCCGGCGGCCUGGUGGGCUUCCUGGGCAGACUGCGCGCAGAUGCUCCGCGAACGCUGCCCCGAGCUCACAAACCAGAUCUGCGCUGCGCUGAGCGAGCUGGACCGGGGCCCGCUGCCGGCCGCUCCCGGGUGCUUGCAACAAGCCAGCAGGGCAAAGGAGCACCUAUCGGCGCACGGCUUCGCCGCGCCCAACUGGCACGACCUUGCGCAGGGCGCCCGGCCACCGCCGACGCACGAACGGGAGCACGGCGAAUGGGCGCACGGCUGGCAGUUCUGGGCCGCCAGAGUCUUGGAGAACACAGCCCGACAGCAGCUCCUCAACGCCUCCACGCCACCGGACCGCGCCCUCCUCCGGUCACAGAGCGGGCCGUGCGCGGGACGAGCCUUCACCGCGCUGCCCACGACGGGGGACUUCCACAUCCCGCCGGCAGAAUUCAGAGUCCUGCUCCUCAGGCGCUUGCGAUUUGAUUUACCCUUCGCAGCGAGCGCUUGCAGAUGCAGAGGCAGACUGGACGCCAGAGGUGACCACAGAGCGGCGUGCCCAAGGGCAGGGGUACUCAAGAAGAGAUCCAUCCCAUUGGAGAAAGCGGCUGCACGUAUCUGCCGCGAGGCCGGGGGCCGAGUCGCAGAGAAUCAGCUCCUGCGAGACCUUAACGUGGACGGCGUCGACCCCCGCGACGGGCGCAAGAUCGAGGUCAUCGCGAACGGCCUGCCGCUCUGGGGAGGAGCGCAGCUGGCGAUUGACGCGACCCUGGUGUCGCCAGUCCGCACCGACGGCACCGCGCAGCCCAGAGCCGCGGACGAGGACGGAGUCCAGCUCGCGGUCGCGCGGGGCCGGAAGGAAGCGACCUACCCCGAGCUCAUCGGGUCAAGGAGAUGCCGAUUGGUUGUGCUGGGCUUGGAAGUCGGCGGCAGGUGGUCCGAGGAGGCCCUGACAUUCGUCCGGCUGCUCGCCAGGACCAGAGCCCGCAGCGCGCCGCAGCGACUCCGAGCGUCGGCGCGGGCGGCGUACCUACACCGCUGGACAGGCUUGGCUGCGGUCGCGGCCCAGAGGGCGUUCGCGGCCACGCUGCUGGAGUUGCCGCCGCACACCCUGGCCGUCGACGGGGACGAGCCGCACCUCGCCGACCUCCUGGCGGACGCCCGCUACACGGAGACGCCG